AUGGGAUCACUUCGGAAACUGUCUCUCUACGCCAACCUUUACUGGGGCUUCUACCCCAAACUCAGCCUCGAAGGGAUCCAUUGCCCAAAUUUGCAGUCGCUUACUCUGGGCAACUUCUCCUUUUUCGAAGACCAGCAGCUCGAUUGGAUCCUAUCGCACUCGUCAACACUCCAAGAGCUCUAUCUUGACGAUUGUCCAAUCCUAUUCCGAGCGAGAAUACUCAAUGAUGAAUCCCAGCUUGCCAAAUGUCCGCUACCAAAAUCCAGAUUGAAUUUUCAAAUUAGUGAGCGUUGGAGCGAUGCCUGGCACUACAAUUAUCCACGCCGAUGGAAUGACUAUUUUGCCUCGUUUGAGACAGGCCUUCCACAUCUGCGUCGUUUUGCAAUUGGUCACAAUGAAGCGUGGGAUUCAGAGGACGGGUGGGGGCUACCUUUUGAGAAAGAACUGGACCUUGUGCCGGGAUUGAUGCAAGAUCGAUAUAUGGAAUUUGAUGGUGGCUUAGGUCCCUCUCAAUUUAUUUCACCAAGAUGGGAAAAUGAGAAAGAGGACUGGCCACAUUGCGAUGACGAAGACCGCGAGGCUUUGAAGGCCUUAUAUCGGAAGAUCAAGCAGCAGGUAGAUUGUGGCGAAUUUCAAGUAGGAUGUCACGAGGUGGCUGAUUUGGUAGAAGUAUAUUAA